AUGUGGAUAUCUACUGUGACAUUCUCGUAUACAACUGCCUUCUGGACGUGGGAAGACUGGGAACUAGAACUCGACUGGGCCGCCCUGCGAGGCGUAAAUCUAAUCCUCGCAUGGGUCGGCUACGAGAAGAUUCUCCUCGACUCACUUCGAGAGGUCGGAAUGACUGACGAGGAGAUACUGCCAUUCUUCAGUGGCCCAGCCUUCCAAGCUUGGAACCGACUCGGGAACAUCCAAGGUUCCUGGGGUGGCCACGGCGUCAACAUAUCAUGGCUCGACGCCCAGUUUCAGCUACAGAAGAAAAUUGUCCACCGAAUUGUUGAACUAGGCAUGACUCCUGUACUUCCCGCUUUUCCAGGGUUUGUGCCGCCUGGUAUAAAACGUGUUCGACCGCAUGCGACCGUGGUAAAUGGAUCGCAGUGGUCGGGUUUUCCGACGAGGUUUACGGAAGUGUCCUUCUUGAGUCCGCUUGAUGAGACCUUUGCCAAGUUACAGAAGAGUGUGAUCUCGAGGCAAAUGCGUGCUUUUGGAAACAUCACGCAUGUCUAUGCGCUCGAUCAGUUUAAUGAGAUUAAUCCUGCCUCUGGGGAGCUGGGGUAUCUUCGGAACUUGUCACGCCACACCUGGCAGACUUUGAAAGCUGCCAAUCCCGCUGCGGUAUGGAUGAUGCAGGGGUGGUUGUUUUAUGAUAAGAAGGUCUUUUGGAAUUCUAGUCGAAUCUCGGCUUACUUGAGUGGAGUGGAGAGGAAUGAUGAUAUGCUCAUUCUAGACCUUUACUCGGAGUCGGAGCCGCAGUGGCAGCGAACGAAGUCGUAUUUCGGAAAGCCCUGGAUCUGGUGCCAGUUACACGACUUCGGCGGGAAUAUGGGCAUGUACGGGCAAGUACUGAACGUCACAUCGGAUCCGAUCGAAGCUUUAAAUCAAUCUGAUUCGCUGGUGGGCUUCGGGCUCACCAUGGAAGGCCAGGAAGGCAACGAAGUUGUCUACGAUUUAUUGUUAGACCAGGCUUGGUCGGCGAAACCGAUUGAUACGCGGGCAUAUUUCCGAAAUUGGGUCAGAAGCCGAUAUUCUGGGAACUUUUCAGUACCGAAUGAACUGUAUACGGCGUGGGACCUGAUGAGCAGGACGGUGUAUAAUAACACUAACCUCACGACAUAUUCAGUUACAAAGUCGAUCUUUGAGAUUUCGCCGGCUAUCGAUGGCUUGGUUGGUCGUGUUGGUCAUUUUCCUACUCCUACAUCUAUUAAUUAUGAUCCAAGUGUCUUGAAUGAAGUAUGGGCUUUGUUUAUGAAUGCGACGGGGAAAGAGCCGUCACUCUGGCAUAACCCUGCAUAUGAAUAUGAUAUGGUUGAUAUCACGCGUCAGUUAAUGGGAAAUGCUUUUAUCAAGGUAUAUUCAGACCUUAUAAGUGCAUGGAAGUCGGAAAGAGAGAACAGAACCGCGGAAAUCACGUCGCAGAGCCAACGGCUUCUUGAUCUGCUAGCGGCGAUUGACAAAGUCUUGUCAUGCAAUGAGAACUUCUCACUUUCGACUUGGAUCUCGAGUGCCAGGGACUGGGGAGACACCAUGGAAUCCAAGGACUUCUUUGAGUAUGAUGCCCGAAAUCAGAUUACUCUAUGGGGUCCUACCGGGGAGAUCAGCGAUUAUGCGUCCAAGGCCUGGGCAGGUCUUAUCUCUUCUUACUACAAGCCUCGAUGGUCCAUCUUCGUGGAGUAUCUUGGUGAGAAAGAUCAGACGAGCUACAAUGAGACGGAACUCGAAGGCAAGCUAAGAGAAUUUGAGUUGUCGUGGCAAAAGCAGAGUAGGGAGCCAGGUAUAUCUUGGCCAAAUUCCUCCUGCAGAGGACUUGAAGUACUCCUCAGGAAUGUGUCGCAAAGUUGGCCAUCGAUUUUUGGGGAUCAUGUUCAAGAUUGA